UCUAAAAUUCACACAUUGUGUUCAGAAGUAUACUUUUGGAAUGCAAAAACUUAAAUAACUCAUCCUUUUAGGCCUCAACAUAUAUAGUUGUACCGACCUUAAAAAAUACCUCUUUGGUUUUCAUACUUCACUACCUCACCUAUAGGUUAACAUAAAUGGACCGACCCUAAAUAUAUGAUGUGUUCUUCACCCACACUUAAUACAAAACCACAUUUUAGACAUACAAGUACAGCCACGUUAUUUCAUUUUAUAUGUCACCAUAUUAAUUUCUUGACUUUGUUGCACACCUUAGUAUUCUAGCCCAUCAUUUUUCUUCUCAACAUUUAAUUUCUCUCACACACACCCCCCACCAUAUAACAUCUAAGAGUUUAGAAGUUUUAGUUUCUCAAGUUUCUUAACAAUGUCUUCUUCUACUCUUCAAUGGCUAAGCUUAGUUGGCAUCAUUUGGCUCCAAGCCAUAAAUGGAACAAACACAAAUUUCCCUGCUUACUCUUCCCAGCUGAAACAACUUCUUUCCAUUUCACAAGUAGAACUCAAUAACCUUGCUUUUGCAUCAGAUGCUGGCAAACUUUUUGGUUGGUUUUCUGGCCUUGCUGCUAUUUACCUUCCCUUAUGGCUCGUCCUUAUCAUCGGUUCGUUUCUCGGACUAAUCGGUUAUGGUCUACAAUAUCUCUUCAUAACCAACCAAAUUUCUUCUAUGUCAUAUUGGCAAGUCUUCUUAUUAACUUUCCUUGCUGGGAAUAGCAUUUGUUGGAUUAACACAGUUUGUUAUGUCGUCGCCAUACGAAACUUUAUAUUCGAUCGGCAAGUUGCCGUUGGAUUAACAACAAGUUAUCAAGGAUUAAGUGCAAAGAUUUAUACUAAUAUUGUAGCUUUUAUUUUUCCGAAUAAGAAAGCCGAGACAUUUCUUUUCUUGAACUCUCUUAUACCUGUUGUAGUUGGUCUAAUAGUAGCUCCUCUAGCAAGAGAAAUUGAAGUGAAAAACCCUAAACAUUCUAGUGUUUGUUUUGCUAUUAUGUUUGUUAUUACAAUUGCAACUGGUAUAUAUGCUGUGAUGAGUAGCUUGCAAUAUUUCACAAACAAAAUAUCCUCACUUGGUGUGCUUAUUGGUAUUCUAGUUUCUCUUCUCUUACCUCUUUUACUCCCAAUUUCCCUCAAGAUCAAGGAACUAUUAGAAUCAUGGCACAGGAAAAGAGAAAGGUUAAGAAUCUACCAUUUCACCAUGGAGGAGAAUAUUAGUGAAGAGAGGAUAGAGAAUGAAGCAAAAGAGGGUGAAGAUAGUUGUGAAAUUCAAGAGAUUGGUGUUAUGGAAGAAAUAGGAGUGAAGUUAAUGUUGAGAAGAAUAAAUUUCUGGUUAUAUUUCUUUGUAUAUUUUUUUGGUGCAACUAUUGGUUUGGUGUUUCUUAACAAUUUGGGACAAAUAGCUGAAUCAAGAGGUUGUUCUGCUACUUCAUCUUUGGUGUCUUUGUCUUCUGCUUUUGGAUUUUUUGGACGUCUCAUUCCAUCUCUUUUGGACUACUUCUAUAGGGGAAAGCAUAAGAUUUCAAGACCAGCCACUAUAGUAGCAGUUAUGGCACCAACAACAUGUGCAUUCUUCUUACUUCUCAACAAAACUGACCUUGCCCUUUACACAAGCACUGCUGUAAUUGGAGUUUCUACUGGAGCAAUCACUUCCACUGCUAUUUCCACAACAACUGAGCUAUUUGGCACAAAGAAUUUUUCUGUAAAUCAUAAUGUAGUUGUGGCAAAUAUUCCAAUGGGAUCCUUUUUGUUUGGUUACUCAGCUGCACUUAUUUACCGUGGUGAAGGGAAUGAACAUGGGAAAUGCAUGGGCAUGGAAUGUUAUAGUAACACUUUUAUCAUUUGGGGUUCCUUUUGUUGCCUUGGAACUUUAUUGGCUUUGAUUCUAUAUUUUAGGACUCGGAAGUUUUACUCACAUAAAAAAUAGGGUAGCAUUUUUGUUUACAUAUUAAUAUUAUUUUAAUAUAACAAAUCGGAGAUACUAUUUGUAUCUCAUGUCCCCAAAUUGAUCUCA